GACACGGUGUCGGUGUGACGGUCCUGCAUCUUCUCCCGCAUCACCUUGGCACUCGCCAUUGACCACAGCUCUCGCCCGCCAUGAGGUUCGGCCAGCAGCUCCGCAGCUCUCUCAUCAAGGACUGGUACUACUACUACAUCGACUACGAGGUCCUUAAGAAGUCCCUCCGCACCGACUUCGAGCACACGCCGCUCGUGCGCACCAAUUCCGGGCAGAAGCGCAAACCAUGGUCGGAGGAAGAUGAGCAGCGAUUCGUCAACCAGCUCGAGCAGGAGUUGGACAAGGUCUUCACGUUCCAAAAAGUCAAGAGCCAGGAGAUUAUCCGUCGGAUCAAGUCGAGCGAGCGGGAAGUGAAUGAGGUUAUUACUCGGGCGGAAGCUGCGCAGCAGAAUAACGAGCAGGCGCAGGCGAAUGCUCCCACGGAAGAUGAGUUUCUGUUGCUCGAGGAGGAUUUGUCGGACAUCAUUGCGGACGUGCAUGACUUGGCCAAGUUCACGCAGUUGAACUAUACCGGGUUUCAGAAGAUCAUCAAGAAGCACGACAAGCAGACGCAUUGGCAUUUGAAGCCUGUCUUCGCGGCACGAUUGAACGCUCGACCGUUCUUCAAAGACGACUACGAUGGCACGGUGGUCGAUCUCUCCAAGCUGUACGACCAGGUCCGAACACGAGGAAACCCAACAAAGGGUGAUUCAGCCGCCGGCGAGAAGCAGCAGAAUUUCGUCCGUCAGACGACGAAGUACUGGGUGCAUCCUGACAACAUCACCGAGCUGAAGCUCAUCAUUCUCAAGCACUUGCCGGUUCUGGUGUUCAAUCCGAGCAAGGAGUUUGAGAGGAAGGACUCUGCCAUUUCUUCGAUCUACUACGACAACCCGGAGACAUGGGAGCUAUACGAGGGACGAUUGAAGAAGACGGAAGGUGCGGAGGCCAUCCGUCUGAGAUGGUAUGGUGGCAUGGAUGUGGACACAAUCUUCAUUGAGCGCAAGACGCAUCGAGAGGACUGGACGGGUGAGAAGUCGGUCAAGGCUCGUUUCUCCACGAAAGAGAAGAACGUCAAUGCGUACCUGCGUGGAGACAUGACGACUGAGCAGAUCUUCGAGAAGUCGCGGAGAGAUGGAAAGAAGAGCGAGAAGGAGAUCAACGAUUUGGAAGCAUUGGCGAAGGAGAUUCAGUUCCGGGUGAUUGACCGCAAGUUGGUGCCGGUUUGUCGCUCGUUUUACAACCGCACGGCGUUCCAGCUUCCCGGAGAUGCUCGUGUACGUGUAUCACUCGAUACUGAAUUGGCCAUGACAAGAGAGGACAAUCUCGAUGGUCGCAAGCGAAGUGGAAAGAACUGGCGUCGGAUGGACAUUGGCAUCGACCACCCCUUCAGCCAAUUGCCCCCAGAAGACGUCGAACUAUUCCCAUACGGCGUGCUGGAAGUCAAGCUUCAAACGGCCGCCGGACAAGAACCUCCGGAGUGGAUUCGCGAGCUGACGUCCUCCCAUCUUGUGGAAGCUGUUCCCAAAUUCUCCAAGUUCAUCCACGGCUGUGCAUCUCUCUUCCCAUCCCGCAUCGACCUCCUCCCCUUCUGGUUCCCACAGAUGGACGUCGACAUCCGCAAACCCGUUAGCCACAAAUUCGGCAUCGAACGACCCGGCCAAAGCACAGAUGCGAGCACAAGUAACGAUCUCGACGAUGACACGGAAGACGAACUUGACAUUGAAGAUGAGGAAGGACUCGAAGACGACGAGAACGUCCGCCGUCUACGGGCAGCCCGCGAUGCUCUCGAACAACACGAACUCGACCGAAACCUCAGCAAUUCCAACGGCGAUCCGAACAUCAUGGACGAGGAGGAACGCAUGUCUCAUAAGCCUCUCGACACCACGGAAGAAGACUACCCGCUCUAUGACUCCGAUGACGAGGAAGAAGCUCUCGCCGAAGCGAAGAAAGCCGGCGGAUGGACUUACCGCUUACGACUGGCAAAGUCGUAUGCGAACUUGACUGCCGAUAAGCUGUUCUAUGUACUUGGCGCUAUCACACCUUUCCCGAAGCCAACGCAAAUACCCGAUCGUGAGGGAAAGAUGGGGAUCCCUGCUGGUCGUGGGAUCUCAGAAAAGAGGUUCAAGGCGCCGAAGGGGAAGAAGAUCCACGUUCCUGUACGAGUCGAGCCGAAGGUGUCCUUCGCUGCCGAGAGGACGUUCCUUGCAUGGCUCGAAUUCUCCAUUAUCCUCGGCUCGAUCGCCGCCACGCUCCUCAACUUCGGCGACCGCAUUAGCAUGGCCGCCGCCGUGGCUUUUACCGUCGUCUCCGUCAUCGCUCUCAUGUACAGUAUGGGCAUCUUCCUCUGGCGCGUGGAUAGGAUCAAGCAGAGGAAAGCGGUCAAUUAUCACGAUAAAUGGGGUCCGUCGUUUUUGUGUCUGGGAUUGGUGGCUUGUGUGGGUGUUGCUGUUGGAUUCAGGUUGAAGAGUGGAGGUGAUGGUGGGUUGAGGGAUAAGUGGUAG